UAAAGGCAGCUACCCCACUGCAUGCAGCACAGACUUGGAAGAAACUCCAGAGCCUCCUCCAAGAUGCUGGUUGUCCUACUCACAGUGGCCUUGCUGGCCCUGAGCUCUACUCAGCGCUUCAGUGAAGGAUUCCCCCAAGGACCCCCUCCCAAGCAAGGUUUUGGUCCUCAGCAAGGCCCACCCCAGCAAGGUCAGCAACAGAACCGGCCCCCUCAGCCAGGAAACCAUCAAGGCCCACCCCAACAGGGAGGCCCACAGCAGAACCAAGGCCCUCAGCCUGGAAACCAUCAAGGCCCACCCCAACAAGGAGGCCCACAGCAGAACCAAGGCCCUCAGCCUGGAAACCAUCAAGGACCACCCCAACAGGGAGGACCACAGCAGAACCAAGGCCCUCAGCCUGGAAACCAGCAAGGCCCACCCCAACAGGGAGGACCACAGCAGAACCAAGGCCCUCAGCCUGGAAACCAGCAAGGCCCACCCCAACAGGGAGGACCACAGCAGAACCGACCCCCUCAGCCUGGAAACCAGCAAGGCCCACCCCAACAAGGAGGACCACAGCAGAACCAAGGCCCUCAGCCUGGAAACCAGCAAGGACCAACCCAACAAGGAGGACCACAGCAGAACCAAGGUCCUCAGCCUGGAAACCAUCAAGGACCACCCCAACAGGGAGGCAGACCUCAGGGACCUUCCCAGGGCCAGCGUCCUCAGUAA